AUGUUCACCGACGUGGCCAUGAGCGACUUCGUGGGCCUGGGCGGCUACGGAGGCGGCGGCGCGGGCGAGCGGGCGUGGGCGGAGCUGAUGGGCAGCAUGGGCGGCGGCGGCGGCGGCGGCGGCGACCCUCCCGGAGACCUGAUCCGCACGGGCGCCCCCAACGUGGUCUGCUCCGUGCUGCCGCCCCACUGGAGGUCCAACAAGACGCUGCCGUCGGCCUUCAGAGUAGUGGCACUGGGGGCCGUUCAGGAUGGCACUGUGGUCACGAUCCGGGCGGGCAACGACGAGAACUGCUGCGCUGAAAUCCGGAACAACUCGGCCAUCAUGAAGAACCAGGUCGCGAAGUUCAAUGACCUGCGCUUCGUCGGGAGGUCAGGCAGAGGCAAGAGCUUCCUGCUGACCAUCACCAUCAGUACGUCUCCGCCUCAGGUCGCCACGUACACCAAGGCGAUUAAAGUCACCGUGGACGGCCCGCGAGAACCUCGCUCGAAGUCACGUGUAAUGUAG